AGCUGCCCUGUCAUUGGACGUUCAGCUCACGUGACUGCAGUGAGUGGCAGGCAAGUGAUGCGAGAGUGAAAAUAUAGAGAUGAAGUAAUUGAGUGUUUUAAACUUAGCGUAUUUCAACUUCUAAUUACUUUUGUUUGGCUUAGAAAGUGUACGCGGAAUCAGGCGGCUAAAUGUUGUGUUUGCGAGAGACAAAAUAAGGUUUAAUGUAAUGUAUGAUGAGGUCGAAUAUGCUGGUGGCUAGAAGAGGAACACCCUAUUCAUCUAUCAUUAACAAAUAGAAUAGUUUUUGGCAGUCAUGGUGGAAGCUUCAAAGUUGAAAAGUCUACCACCAGUGCAGAAGAUGCGUGGUCCCUACAUUUCAGUCAUAACAAAUCACAAAAUUAAUUUGACCAUACGAGGAGUGGUCCUGUUUUCAAUUGGGGUUUUCCUAGCUUUAGUGUUAAACUUGCUACAAGUUCAGCGAAAUGUUACUCUCUUUCCUCCAGAUGUAAUAGCCAGCAUCUUCUCUUCUGCAUGGUGGGUUCCACCAUGCAUUGGCACAGCUUCAGCUGUGAUUGGAUUGAUGUACCCAUGUAUUGACCGUCAUCUUGGGGAGCCUCACAAAUUUAAACGAGAAUGGUCCAGCGUCAUGCGAUGUGUGGCAGUCUUUGUGGGGAUUAACCAUGCAAGUGCUAAAGUAGAUUUUGCAAACAAUAUGCAGUUGUCUCUUACACUUGCAGCACUUUCCAUAGGAUUGUGGUGGACAUUUGACAGAUCUCGAAGUGGAUUUGGCCUUGGAUUAGGCAUUGCUUUCUUUGCAACCUUGGUGACCCAGCUGUUGGUAUAUAAAGGUGUUUUUCAGUAUACCUCCCCUGACUUCCUCUAUGUACGUUCUUGGUUACCUUGUAUAUUUUUUGCUGGAGGAAUUACCAUGGGAAAUAUAGGCCGUCAACUAGCAAUGUAUGAAUGCAAGGUUGUUCAAGAAAAGGCACAUGAAGACUGAAGCCAGAAGUUUUGCUGGGUGACUUUUUUUAGAAGAGAAAAAAAAAAAUAUGGCUGUACAUUGAUCAAAUAACAUGCCAAAAGUGAAAAGUAUGUAUAAUUGUAAAAACAGGAUUUAAUUUGAAUGUAAAAUUGUAACUACUGUGACUUUUAGUUUUUUCUUGUAUGUGUUACUCUGUAGUGCAAUCUGUGAUUGCUAUUUUGUAUAGGUAGUCUGAUGACAGUACAUCAGUAUGAAAUAGAACUUUUCACAUUUAAGAGUUAAUGCCUAUUGAAUGAUCCUGAAAUAUAGACUUUAGCUUUAGACCUUUGGCUGUGUUGUGCCAAACUGACGUUUAGGUCAAUUCAGUUAAUCUAAACAUUAGCAGAUGUAAAUACACCUGCUGUUUAGGCCUAAAUUUAUACUGUUUAAGGUCAGGUAACUAGACUCAAAUUUGUUUUACUGGGGGUUUCUAGAGUGUGUGUGUAAUGAGAGAGAGAAUUAUAUAUAUAAUUAUUUUUUUACAGAAGGGAAGUAUUCUGUUUUUUUUUUUGUUUGUUUUUUUGUUUUUCCCUGCUCAAAACAUACACAUCUGUGCUAGUGCUGGACCUUCUGUGUACCUGGCACUGGUUCCAAUAUUAGGCAGUUGAUCCCUGGAGCUGGAUGAUCAGGAUACAUUUGAUUUAAUCAAAUAUCU